GAGUAUUUUUGAGCAACAACAAACGCAAGCCAGACGCUAAUCUCUUGAAAUAAAAAGUAAACAAUUCCUGGGCGAUGCGAUAAGGAAACUAAAAACCGUCUGCAUUGGACUGCAAGAUGGCGGAGGACAGCCACUGGCUAAGCUGGUGCCGACUGUGCGCUAAGGACGAUGCCAGGAGGAACGUCAAGGUUCAAAUGAGCGACGAGACGGGAACCUGGGACAACGUCCUGGUAAUGGCCAUCCGCAAGUACUUCGAGGUGCACAUGCGAACAGAGGAUGAGCUGAGCAGUGUGCUGUGCACGGAAUGCUACACUCUGAUAAGCGAACUUAUCGAUUUUGCGGAGCAUGUAACCAAGGUGCAGGCUAUCUUCGAGGUGCUGCGACGCACGGAAAGGGAGCCGGACAAGCGUCUGGAUGUGGCAGCUCUACGACACCAGUACGGACUUGGCGAGGAUGACUGGACGCACAUUAUUAAGCCCAUGGCGGGUUCGGAUAUGGAGGCUUCCAGAGUUUGGGAAACGAAGGCUAGGAUUGCAGGAAGAAUCUCUCCACAAGGAGGAACUGGAGAAGAACUCAUAAUGAUAAGAGAUGCGGACUCCUCACAGCGGACUUACAGCAAAGGCAUCUUGGAAAGCGAUGUCCGCAGGAAGCAGGAAUUUAUUGAUAUAGAUCCCAUUUUGCUGGAGAACAAUAUGCACAGCAGCCAUACAAAUCAGUUGGGAAUGGAUGAUAUGCUGGUUGAGGUACCGCAACACGACGAAUCUCGAAUGUACAUCACCUCCACCUAUUCGGGUUCCAGCGAGGAGGAGGAAGUGGAUAUCAAGCCGGAACUAAUGACAGCUGAUCUCGAAUUCCUGCCAAUCACAACCAAUGAAAUCUCUAGUCUCGUCACUUUGGCCAAACCACGAACGGCCGACGGCGAAUUAACCGCUGAUGAAAGCGGCAAACGCAGCUGCAUGAUUUGCGAGAGAUGCGGCAAAGUCUACAAGAAUCGUGCCUCGUAUGAGAAGCACAGGGAAGGCGAGUGCCGCAAAAUUGAGCGGCGGGCAAAAGCGGACAGGACAACAACCGCCACCACCACCUGUGACCUGUGCAACAAGACCCUCUCCUCCGCCACAGCCCUGAAGAUGCACAAGGAGGGUAUGCACAACAAUAUAAAGCCCUUUAUUUGCGACAGUUGCGGCAAGCAGCUUAAGACGAUCACGGCUCUAAAUGAGCACAAGUUGGUGCACACGGACAAUCGGCCAUUCGAGUGUACCACCUGCAAGGCCAGCUUUAAGAACCUAGCUCGACUGAAGGCCCACAACCAGAUUCACGCGGAGCCGAGCUUCGUAUGCAACAUCUGCGGCAAGAAGCUACAGACGCGACGCACCUGGAAUAUGCAUAAGGUGGUACACAGCGAAGAGCGCCGACUGAAGUGCGAUGUCUGCGGAGCACUAUUCAAGCGCUCCAAGACCCUAAAGACACACUUGCUCAGCCACACGGGCCUACGGCCGUAUGUGUGCAACUAUUGUGGAAAGUCCUUCGCCUGUAAUGCCAACUGUCGAUCCCACAAGGUGAAAAAGCAUCCUCUGGAAAUGCAGCAGGAAAAUGCGGCUGGUCACUUCCCAUCACGCUUGAGUGUUCCCACUCUGGAAGAGCUACGUGUGAUGACGAAAAAACUACCAAAAUCUACAGAAUAGGCUAAGCUUAGAGUUAAUAAAUAAAUACAAUUAAACAAGGAAAUUUCUAGUUUAUCUUUAAAUGAGGGAUAGCUAAAUAUAUAUAUAUUGUAUCGGUAUUUGAUUC